AUGGCGCACAAUCCCUCAAACGAAGCAAUACUCGAGCAACUGAAGCAUGGAAUCGCCGACUUCCAAAUAGCAUCUUCACCGGUUUCAUCAGUUUAUCGUCACUGCUCUCAGAAUGCACCUCCCGCCGUGUUUCUCACUAGCAUCACCCAUAAAUUCUUUGCCAGAAUUGGACCUUCACUAGGUCAAGGUUCGCCUGCAAUGAAGAAAUUGGAGCGUUAUUCAGUUCAGAAAAUUACUGGCGAUGGACGCUGCCUGUUUCGUGCUCUGGUUAAAGGAAUGGCUCACAACAAAGGUGUAAUGGUCAGUCCACGUGAAGAGAGAGAUAAUGCAGAUGAAUUACGGAUGGCCGUGAAAGAGGUUAUUUGUGAUAAUGAUAAAGAGCGUCUUAAGUAUGAAGAGGCAUUGAUUGCAAUAACUGUCGAGGAAUCUUUGAAACGUUACUGCCAACGUAUUGGACGGCCUGAUUUCUGGGGUGGAGAGUCGGAGCUACUGGUGCUAUCGAAGUUGUGCUUCCAGCCAAUAAUUGUUUACAUACCGGAACACGAGCAUGGCGGAUGGGGGUCUGGUUUUAUUCCUAUUGCUGAAUAUGGAGCUGAGUUUCGUAAAGGUACCAAGAAAGUAAAGCCGCGGAACGUUGUGAGACUACUGUACAGCGAUCGGUUGUUUAAUAGGCAGAGAACUAUUCAUCGGAUCCUUGGAGGAGGCAUUGUUGCAGAUGUGAUGCUAUGGAGGCAAAAGAAUUUAACAGUGGGAAUAUUAGUGAUAACUUUGGCUGCUUGGGUGGUUUUUGAGAGAUCUGGUUAUACUCUAUUAUCAUUGACCUCUAGUGUUUUCUUACUCCUGUUUACCAUUCUUUUUCUCUGGGCAAAAUCAGCAGCUAUUUUAAACAGACCUGCUCCACCACUACCACAUUUGUAUCUCUCAGAAGAAAUCAUGAAAGAAGCAGCUACUUUCAUCCGCAAUCAUAUAAAUGUUCUGCUUCAUGUGUCUGAAGAUAUCACGCUUGGUAGGGACUCAAGAAUGUUCAUUAAAGUAGCUCUUUGUCUGUUGCUGAUCUCAGUCAUUGGGAGCGUCACUGAUUUCCUCACAUUCGUCUACACAGGCCUUGUUAUUGUUCUUACAGUUCCAGCACUCUAUGAAAGAUGUGAAGACCAUAUUGAUAGAUAUGCUCUAAUAGGGUACAGGAACUUGCAGCUGUUAUACGUGAGAUUUGAUGCACAAUGUAUCAGCAAGGUUCAAAAAUGGAUCUUGGAAAAGAAGAAAUUAAGUUGA